CAUAAGCAGAUGUGAUGACAUUCAUCAAGAUAAGUCAGUGUAUAUAAAAGCUGAUGAUUUCUCCUGUUCAGCACCUCCGCACAGGAAGACCACAGGCUGACACUGAGGAAGAAGAAGAGAAGAUCAUUCUUCAGCAGAGCUCAACCAUCAUCUCCACCACCAACAUGCAGACUGUGUCUCUACUCUUUUGCAUCAUGAUAGCUGUGGCUACAGCUGAUGAUGCUGCAGCUCCUGCAACUGACGCUCCUGUAGCUCCUGCAGCUGAUGCUCCGGCUCCUGCAACUGACGCUCCUGUAGCUCCUGCAACUGAUGCUCCGGCUCCUGCAACUGACGCUCCUGUAGCUCCUGCAACUGAUGCUCCAGCUCCUGCAACUGAUGCUCCGGCUCCUGCAACUGACGCUCCUGUAGCUCCUACUUGUCACGAUGGUUGGCACGAGUUUGAAGGUCGCUGUUUCCAGUACGUUCCGAGAGUAUUGACCUGGGCUGCAGCUGAGAGAAACUGCAAGAACUUGAAGUCACACCUUGCAUCAGUGCACAAUCACCAUGAGUAUCAGUUCAUUCAGACGAUGAUACGGACAAUCACUCAGAGUAAUGGUGAAACCUGGAUUGGAGGCUCUGACUGCCAGCAGAAAGACACUUGGCUCUGGAGUGAUGGCAGUAUUUUCUUCUGGACAUUCUGGUGUGCAGGGCAUCGGAGUACUUCAGGCUGUCUUCAGAUGAAUCAUGGAGGUGAAGAUUGUUGGCAUGAAGAUCAGUGUUCCUCCACACUGCCAUCUGUCUGUGCCUACAGCCUGUAGUAGCUCCUGUGCUGACACACAGAGACAUGUUGGACCAACCACACACACAAACAUCUGCUGUAGGAGUAACAGUGUGUUUGUCUCUGUGCCAUCAGUCUCAUGCUUAAUCACAUCUUUGAUUCUCUGUUUGGCUGUAAAGCUGCUGAAGGGACGAAGCGACAAGAGACGUAAACAGGAGCUGGACUUCCUCUUUGUUCUUCAAU